AUGAGAGUAACCCGAAGCAUUCACAAUAGAUCAUCCCCUACAACAGACCGAACGUCUUAUACAAAUAACUCGAGUAAAAUAUUACCAACAACAUUAAUAGAUACUAUAGAUUCUCCGAUUUCUGUGUAUCAAGACACUACUUUGAACACAAACACAACUUUGAAUAGCACGGAUUUGGAAACAGCAGUAACUGCUUCGUUCCAACCAACUUCUGUAAUUUCUAGAACAACUGCGAUGACAGUCGCUACUUCUACUUCAACUACCACUAGACAAUCCGAUAAAAAAGUUAAAAAACACGGUUUUCUAUCGACUCUAUUAGCCAACGACGGUACUUCGCAUUCGAUAUCUUCCAGUACGGAGAUGGCAAAGAAAAAAGCCACAGGAAUAACGGACUCAGGUCCAAAAUAUAAAUUAUUCAAGGCCUGGGGAAAUUCCCAGGAUUCAGAAUAUAAAACAAUAGAAAAAGCUCUUGUGAAGGGCGAAUUUGAAGAUCUCGACCAGAUAGGACCAAUUCCUCCAGAUGCUGUAGAUUUUUACUUGGGCGUCUCAAUAGAAAUUAUAAUGUCAUACCGUUCUGCCUUGAUGACAACCCUGCAUUAUGCAAUUGAUAGAUUGAAUCAAAAGGGUUUUGCAUUGCUACAAGCAUUACCCGUAUGCAAACCUCAUAUUAGGAGGAUAUUAAAAGAGAUGGUUGGUGAAGAAGAUCCAAGUACCAAUAGCAUAUCAAAGCAAAAUGACAAAAUUUCAUCAUUGUUUCCAGGACAUUUAAAAAUUUUAUGUUUCUUGAAUCUAAGGACAUGGCUACGACAAUUUGAAAAUGCUAAACGCAUCUGGGGUGAUCCACCAAUUGAGAUGACUGGAAACUGGAUACGUCGAUGGCAAAGUGAUGAUAGCGAAUUAUUUUUUUCAUUUUAUAAACAUUAUCACAUUGUCCUUAAGUCCUAUAUUAUAUCAUAUCUUUCUACAUCAACUUCUCCAAAGUUAAUGACACCUCCAUUUCAAUACGUUACCGCACCGGGUUAUGUUCAUCUUGCUUCCUUUUUUCUCCUUAAGAUCGAGUCACUUAUUCAUCGCAAUAUUCAUACCAUUACUACCGUUAUUCAAUUUGAGCAUUCAAGGGGUACUAGUAAUUUAGUAACAUCAACCCCUUCUACCACAAGAAUUCCAGACACGAUAAAUCCAGAUGCUUCUGCUAUUGGAAUGGGGACAUAUUCCGGAAUGAGUAUGGUUGGAAACCCCAUGAAUGGCGAAAUAGCAAACGGUAAUGUGGUUUUAGAAGCUUCCAUGAAUGGAGCAGGAAGUUCCACAGGUAUUAAUAAUGGAAAGCCUAAAGUAUUAGAGAUGGCAGGACGCCGAUUCGUUGAAACAAUGGUUUCUAUCGUGGAAAACGGCGUAUUCCAGGAAAUGUGUAAUGUUUGGGUUAAGGCAGUAGUAAAAAGAACAAAUUUAUAUGAUGUUGAAGGAAUACCAGGUAAACAACUUUCUUCUUUUAAUGAUUUCGAGCUGCUUAUUGUUAAUAUCCAAUGCGUUAAUUUCGAUAUGUUCAAUAGGGACAAUGCUGUUAUUUCUUCAGAACCAACAACUCCAAACUCCGCCAAUACAUCUAUAUCGAGUGAUUCGUCUAAUUCCCCCUUUUCACCCCCUAAUCUUACAAACAUACUCGAUAUUACAUUUUAUAUUUCAUUGAUUAAUCUUCUUCUUAACAGAUCAGAUCACACUAUCACCAUUUUACGAACAAUAAGUUUUGUUUAUACUCAAUUUUCUUUCUUAACUUCUCAACCAGCUUAUUUAAGACAACUGGUUAAACAAAUAAUAUUAGAUGAAGAAAUAUUUGAAAGGAUGUUUUGUCAUUGGUCCAGAAAUGUUAGGAUUUAUUUUAUGCGUUUGUUGAUAUGGAGAGUCGGGAGAAUUGGUAGUGAUACUGUGAAAAGUGAUGAAUCUAGAGAUUUCGAAAUUAGUGAUAAUGGAUUGAGUAAUGAAGAAGAUAUCGAUAUAUUGAUGACAUUACAAAAUCGAUUGGACAACAUGAGGCAAUGUCAUGAAUUUUUAUCUAAUUAUGAUGGAAGUUUUGAAGAUAUCGAACAGGUGUUAAAGACAAAAAUUGCAGAAUCUACAGACGAUGCACCUAAUUUCAAUAAUAUUAUUCCAAAUGAGGAAGAUCAAUCUCAGACUCAAUCUAGUGAUAGGACUUCUCUUUUGAUAUCUUCGACAAUUACUCCUGAUUCCAAAUCUUCUUCUUCUUCAAGUAAAAACCGCAAAAAUAAACGAAAGAUGACAUUAAAGGAACUCAUCUCAUCACAGUCUUCAUCUGGAAAGGAAAUGUCAACUGCUGCAUAUUUGUUUCGCCUGGUUUUUUCAAACGGAUCUAGCAAACAUUUAGAUCAUCUCAAAUCAAAUUCUACAUCUUCAUCUGUUACAGAAGAUACACCAUCUAAUCUGACACGUACAAUCAGUAAACAACCUUUUAAUGCACUCGUAUGGCAUUAUGCACCACGUAGACAUAUAUAUGUUGUGAAAGCUAUUGCGGAAUAUGAAGCUGUCAGUCAAGAAUAUGCUGAAUGGUGUGCGCAACUAGCGAACAUAGAAAGAAGCGCUUCCAGUGGCG